AGUUUCCUGUUUUACGUCACUUGCUAGUUAACUGCUGCAGCUUUUACAACUGUGCUUUCAAGUGUAAUCUGAGCUGGAACUGCCCAACUUCAGCUGCCACGGCUCCUGCCUACGAGAGAGAGCUCUGAAUCUCCCCUCUCUCUACCUUUCCAAGCUUCAGAUUCUUCCCUCUGCCCCUUUCGCCCCAGGCUGCAGGACUAGGAAUCCUGCGGCGAUCAAAUUGCUUGGGAUAGAGAGAAAGAAGGGCAGCGGGGCAAAAACCCCAGGUCACUUGCAAAAGGUCAUCAACCUUUCCGGUGCGCCUACCUUUUUUGUUUGUUGUGCCUGUGUGGGAAGUAAGCCUUAAUGAUGUUUUGCUGGAAGGGCUUUUGAAUUCGACUACUGGACUGCUUUUCCUACUCCUCCUCCCUCCAGGCGCUCUCGUUCGCUACUUCAUUUCUGGGAAGCCAUGGACAAAAGGCAAGGAAAAAUCAAGAACAGAAAGGAUUUAAAAAUAUCAUGUGUCUCCAACAAGCCACCCGUCUCCAACCCAACGCCUCCCAGGAACUUGGACUCUAGGACCUUUAUUACAAUUGGUGACAAGAACUUUGAAGUGGCAGCCGAUGAUUUAGUUUCCAUAUCAGAGUUGGGUCGGGGUGCCUACGGAGUAGUGGAGAAAGUUCGACACGCCCAGAGUGGAACCAUCAUGGCUGUCAAGAGGAUCCGAGCGACUGUGAACACUCAGGAACAGAAGAGGCUUCUCAUGGAUCUGGAUAUCUCCAUGAGGACUGUUGACUGCUUCUAUACUGUCACCUUCUAUGGGGCCCUUUUCAGAGAGGGUGAUGUAUGGAUCUGUAUGGAACUGAUGGACACCUCCUUGGACAAAUUUUAUAAGAAGGUUCUGGAGAAGGAGAUGACCAUACCAGAGGAUAUUCUAGGCGAAAUAGCAGUGUCUAUUGUUCGAGCUCUGGAGCACUUACAUAGUAAACUGUCUGUGAUUCACAGAGAUGUCAAGCCAUCCAAUGUUCUUAUCAACAAGCAAGGCCACGUAAAAAUGUGUGACUUUGGGAUCAGUGGCUACUUGGUGGAUUCAGUUGCCAAAACCAUGGAUGCUGGUUGCAAACCCUAUAUGGCGCCAGAGAGAAUCAACCCGGAGCUGAACCAAAAAGGCUACAAUGUCAAAUCAGAUGUCUGGAGCCUGGGAAUCACUAUGAUUGAGAUGGCCAUUCUUCGGUUUCCAUAUGAGUCAUGGGGGACCCCAUUCCAGCAGCUGAAACAGGUGGUAGAAGAGCCUUCUCCUCAGCUCCCUGCCGACCGCUUCUCUCCUGAGUUUGUGGACUUCACAGCCCAAUGCUUGAGGAAGAAUCCCGCAGAGCGAAUGAGCUACCUGCAGCUAAUGGAGCAUCCUUUCUUCACUUUGCACAAAACCAAAGAGACAGACAUCGCCGCCUUUGUGAAGGAGAUCCUGGGCGAGGACUCAUAGGGAAAGGACAUUAUUGCUCUAUGGAGAAUCUUCUUCCCCUCUCCCUGGAAAGAAAUGAGGAACAGCGUUCUCGGUGGUUUGCACAGAUCACGUAGUCCCCAGCCCUGUCCACCUGCAGCCUGGAGCACGGCGUUAGUUUAUCUCGUGUCAUCCUGUGUACCUUUGAGCUAAAAGAGCUACCUAGCCAGCACCAUGGAAAUCCAAAGCCAAGAACAAUGUCAGGUCGUUGCUUCCACAGAAGCCCAUGUGACAUUGGGCAUGUGGAGUUUCUUCACUGGCGAGACUCUCACAACCACGACUCCCGAGGGCUGAGAAACCAGUCCUUUGCUUAGCCAGGAACUGGGCCUGAAGAGUUAAGAUGUUGGGGUGAUGGUGGUUCUGAAGGCAGGAGGGUAGAUCCAGCAGGUCUUGCAAUGUGCCAUUUGUCCCAAGUGCCAAGAAAACUGACCUACUAAGCAGAGCUGUCCAAUGUUUUGAGUAGAGUGAGUUUCUGGGACUACCAGCUCUGUAAUUUUGUUGUUGUUGUCCAGUCAUUUAUUCAUUACUUCCCCCAAAUCUCUUUCUUUCUCUCAGCCUUGGAGAAACCUUUCCUCCUCCUGAUACCUCUUACCCAUAAGGUGUAGAAGCUCCUAUCUCUGUACCGAUACCCUUCAUUUUUUUUAGACUCUGGAGUCCCUGUCCUUGGAGGGAGAGCUUUGAGCUACUGGGUGGUGGGAUGGCAUUGGCCAAGUAGCCUUUGAAUAAAGCUAUGGGAAGAAGCUUGUCCUGGGUAGUGAUAGGAAGCUUAAUACUAGGUGAGAAAGACAGUAUGUCAUCCUCAGUGACUGGUGAGGUCAUUGUCCCUUUCCCUCUUAUUGUUUCCAGCCCAGUACAUCCCCUUUUCUAGGGCUUGAGUGUGUGGAUAUGUCAUGGAAGUGGUGGGUGUGAGAAAUGAGGAUUUGGCCCUCCUCCUGUUCCCCAAGGUGCCGGGCUCUCAGAAGCUCUGCAAGUCCCCUCAUGGGCCCAGUGACCUGCUAAGCUGUUCCAGAAUCCACUCCCAAACCAUCUCUUCUAUACUAGCCUUGGGGAUCAGAUCAGGUCCUUUUUUUUUUUUUUUGUCCUUCUGACAACCCAAGAGUGUUAUGAGCCUAUAUAAACAGUAAAUUGUAUAGGGUAGGCAAAACUUAGGUUGUAUAUUUUUUAUAUCUAUAUAUAAUGAACUUUUAAAAUUGUUUCCUUGUUUUAAUCUGAUGACAUAGUCCUCCCUCCUUGGGAAAUGGGCGCUGGGGGUCAUACCUGAUUACUGUGAAUACCAGAGGGUUGGUCCCAUCCCCUAUCCUGGGUCUUUGCCCAGGCUGCACCUCCUUCCUAGAAGACCCUUUCCCUCCUUUCCUCCCUCUCUUAGAAACCCGCAGCCUUUCUUCAAGGAUUAGUUUAGGGAUAACCUCUUACAUAAAGCUUUUCCUCAUUUUUCUGCUGAGAACUUCCCUUGGGGUGAGAAGGAGCAGAAGGAGCUAUCUGCUCCCAGAAGGACUGUCUGUCCAGACAAAAUUGUUCCAGAUUAUCUAUAAUUUUCAAGAAGAGUGAAUGGGUGUGGAAAUAAACUUUAGGACCAGUUAUUUUCUUUGAGGAAGUGUCCAGCUUUGAAACUGCUGGGGGUGGAGAUGGAGAGAAGUACGGUAUGGAUGCUGUAAAGCUGACUUGGUCAAGAAGCUAAUGUUCACACAGUUCAGGGGUCCCUCAAACUUUUUAAAUAGGGAGUCAGUUCACUGUCCCUCAGACUGUUGGAGGGCCGGACUAUAGUAAAAACAAAAACUUUGUUUUGUGGGCCUUUAAAUAAAGAAACUUCAUAGCCCUGGGUGAGGGGGAUAAUCAUCCUCAGCUGCCGCAUCUGGCCUGUGGGCCGUAGUUUGAGGACCCUUAUGUUAGUUCAAAAGAUUUUAGGAUGCUUACCUCGGAGUGGGGAUGGGAUGCCCCAGACUCCUUAGACCUGCUUUCCAACAAAUAGGUUCAAUUCCAACAGGUCUUGCCACAAACCUCUCUCCCUUUCUUCCUCUGUUUCUUUCUCUCAGCUUUGGAGAAAUCUCUCUUCCUCCUGAUACCUAUCACUCAUAAGGUAUAGCAACUCUCUCUCUGUACCAAUGACCUCCAUUUUCUUUUUAGACUCUGAACUCCCUAUCCUUGGAGGGAGAGCUUUCCCUUCCUCUGCCCCCUCCCAGUUUAAACUGAAGCUCUGUGCCCUUUGUUCAAAGGUGGUAGUGGAGGGGUCACCUUUCCUCUAAGGAUUGUAUAAUCCAGAGGGGCUUUCAAAUGAUUCGUUGGAGAGAAAUGUAAUUAUAGUUGUUGCAGCUGUGGGAGUUUCACUGUCUGAGCUGCAUGGGGAGUUUUGAAUGUUUCCAGUGUUUCUGGGAAUGGUCUAUAUUCUUCCCUCCUUCCCCUUUCCCCCAAGAAAAAAAAAGAGUAAAUGUGCAAACCAUCCUGAUUCUUUGAAAUAUGUGUGGGUAUCCUGCUGCCUACACUAGGGUGUGAAGUUUGGUCAUAAACGUUAACUUGCUUGGUUGUUUUGAGUUAAUUUUUUAAUUUAUCUUACGUUUUGUUUUUCUCUUGCUUUGAGGGUUUGGCUAUUUUUUCUUGCAUGGAUUAGAUGCCUUUCACUCUUCCCUCUCCCCCAGUGGGUGUUAGCUCACCCAGUUACAAGGCAUUGCUUUAUCAAAAUGUCUGGCUAACUAUUGGUAGCGAUGGGGGUAGAUGGGGACAUCACUGUGUCUCCCAAGGCCUCUGUUCAAAGAGGAGUGAGGGGCAGGUGAGUUCCUACCCAUUAACAUACAGCUCCUGUCCUGUGGAUGCUGGUGGGAGUGGUGCCUUUGACUUCCAAGGGAUGUGUUCUUCCACUGUGGAAGAUUUACUUUGGGGAUUGUUUAAAAAAAUUUUUUUAAAGAAAAAAUUGAGGGAGAAAAUAUAUAUAUA